AUGGUGAAGAGUUUAAACUUGACAAUCUGGUUUAUCAGUUUGAAUUUCUUCAACUUUUCAUUCUUAGUUAGAGGGAUGACAGAAUCCGAACCAGUCUUUAAUAUUAAACAAAUUCCAAUGGAUGAUGAAUUGAUAGGUCCUCAUCAAAGUUCAAAAUUGUAUCAAUCUUUUCAAGCUAGUGAUAAUAAUAAAUUGUAUUCAUCAUCUAGACCUUAUAAGACAAGCUCAAGAGCCGAAGAAAUUCAAGUCAAUCCCAUUCCAGAAGGUCAAAAUGGAUUUCACUAUAGCCCAGUAGUCUUUCUUCAUUAUCACUUUCCGUCUAGCAUGCCAUCUUUCACGAAACCAACUACCCCGACAGUCACCAAGUUGGGUUUUCGAGACGCAAAAGUAUGGGCUGAUAACCUGUUGAGUCAUCUUGGUUCUCAGAGAGAUACAUCUCAAUUGCAACCGGUUGUAGAAUCAAGCCAUGCUAAAGAUACGAUGGAACCAUCAAGGGAAAUGCAAUUGGAGACAGCUAAGGAAAAAUUGGUCUUACCAUCUAUUGGAACUUCUUCAGGCAAGCGCUUAGCUGACCAAGCAUUUCCAACUGAGACUAAUGAGCUUGAGGGAAGGCAUCAAAGCAAUGUAAUUAAUAACCCGGAUAUAAACAGUCCACUCUACGUGCCACCAAAAAUAUCAAAUGCACCAAUUGAAGAAGGAUUGAAAAGGCAAAGACUUACACACUCAGAUGAGAUAAAAUUUUCUACAACAGAUCAUCAGGAUAAUAUUGGACCAUUGAACUUGAAUGUUCAAAAAGGAGUUCUCAGAGGCAUAGAUGAAUCAAAGUUAAUGGAUUACAAACCAAUUUCAUCAAGCAAAACCCUUAAACCAAAAGUGCGUUCAUUCAGACAAAGGAUUUCAUACAAAAAGUUCAGUUUAUUUGAUUUUCAAUCAGAUGAAUCAAAUUAUCAAUCAUCAAUGUCAGUGAUAUCAAGGGUAAUUGAAUUAGCAGAAAUAAUAAAUCCACUUAAGGAAGCUUCCCUUAAACCCAGAAUACGUGAAAUCAGAGAAGCCUUAAAUUUGUUACCUAUUGAAGAUAGAUUGAUACAAGUUUUUGAGAAUCAGCCUAGCUAUCAACAAGACACUUUUCAACAUAUAAGGUCUUAUUGUCAAUGGAUUGGAAUUGAUUCAAAAGAUGAUUAUAUACCUCCAAGAGGUUCAUAUGCUAUGUCUUUGAAUUGGUUUCGAUACCCUUUGAGCAGUUUAUAUCUAUUUGGAAAUUAUAAGAUCCAUACCCAAAAAUUUGAACCUUUGAGAGAUAAUUUCAAUGGUAUUGAUUUUCAAAUUGAACAUGCAUAUGAAAGAUUCCGUUGGGUUAGACAAGUUCAAUCAAUAUAUAAGAUUCCAAGGUCAAGACAGCAGUUAUGUGAAGCGAUUAUGUGGAUAGGAUAUCUCUUGUUCCGUGAAAACAGGCAUCCCAAAAAUAUUAGCCGUAUCAUCAGAAAUUAUAUUACAACUUGGAAUCAAAUUAAUAAGACACAUCAGAUCGGAUCACUUCCUGCAACUUUUGUUACUAAAUGUAUGAUUGAUUUUGCAUCAAUGACAGAAGAAACUUAUAGGGAUAGUCAUACACUUAGAAUGAAACUCAACAUUCUUUAUAAUGAACAAGGUAAGGAUGAGAAUGGGAAAGCGUUUUGGAAAAGUUUGACUCCUUCAAUGGGAUCUAAAUCAUCCGGAAGAUUGAAUUGGGAUGAGCAAGAUAAAGCUUCAAAACUAUUGGUUGAAGCCACUGAUCACCCUGAUACUUUCUCAUCCAAAAUCAUAUCUUGGGGUUUCAAACCUGAUCAAGCAUCAUUUUUAUGGAAUUUGAGUAUGGAUAUGAGAAAUUUACAAAGACAACAACAAAUAGUAAUGGAUCAAAUGUAUGAAGGAAUGAAUUUAAGACUUAAUAUGAAUGAUUUGGAAAUUGGAAAGUGUGAGAUUAGAAAAGAAAUUCAUCAUCAACAAUUCUCAAAUAAGAUUCAUCUUUUGACUUGUAUUGCUGAUCAUCUUCUUUCAGAAUCCUUUGAAAAUUGGAAAAUUUUAAGUUCUGGAGUUUGA